AUGGUCCACCACAAAGCCAUCCCACCUAAUGUCGACACAUACAACUCUUUGAUUCGUAACCUCUGUAGGUUAGCUCGUUGGGACGAGGUGUGUAGAAUUCUAAAAGAAAUGGAGGAUGCAAAAAUCUCUCCCAAACUCAGGACCUUCAAUAUCAUAGUCGAUGCACUUUGCAAACAGGGUAAGAUAGCCGAAGCCCGGGCUGUUAUCGACAUCAUGGUUGAUGAGACCAGUGGACGCAAGUAUCCUCCUAACGCAGUCACCUACAAUCCAUUGAUAGAUUUUAUUGUUGGACAAAUGAAGUAUUUCAUUGAUAAAGACUUUGAAAAGUUUCAGGCUUUCCCCAGUGUUGGUUCAGACCUCUCUAGCCAAUUGUCGUACUUUAUACUUUGUCGCACUGGUUUAGGUAUACCAAGAUUUCCAGAAGAAGAACUUUAUCACAGUCUGUUAAUGAAACUUAAGUAUGAUAGUGCACUUGCUUUAUUCCAUCUGAUGAAUCGCAGCGGGCUGAAUAGAGAAGUUGAGGUGCACAGAAUCCUCAUGGAUAGGGCAAGCAAACACAAGAGGCAACAUAGUAUCUUGGCUCCCCUGCUAUAUGCGAAUUUUAGAAUCUUGGUCCCUAUGGUUCAAAACGUUACCUAUUCCAUGCGUUAUGUUUUAUAA